CAUCCAAAUUACUAUGUAUACUACAUACUACUUGAUUGGUGUAUAUCAAAGGAUAAUAUACUAUACCAAACAACUCAUCUCACCCAUUCUAAGGCAAUUUAUAUUUCUUUAAUUCCAUUCGCUGUUUAUUGCCCUUCCUUCCAUAAUUUAGCCGUGAAUUUUAUUUAAGUUGCUCUUUUUUCUGUUCUCUCUAGAAUAUUCUUUGAUCACAUGCUGUGAGUAUCGUGACCUCCCACGUGAUCAGUUUUUUUUACUGUUUUGUUCAGUUUAAUUUGUUUUGUAUGACGGGUCCUAUUUUCCAAAGUUUUUCAACCUUUAAAUUGGAUCUAAUUCUAGUCAUACUCUACACCAACUUUUCAUAUUACACACUAUUGUUUAUCUUGUCUUACUACUAUCAUUGAGUUACUCAGUAUCUCUCUAAUCCCUCCCACCCACCUACCUCCACAAUGAAAUCAAGUUUUAUUAUCUUUUUAAUAUCGUCUUUUUUAUCCUUAGUAUCAGGUGCCAUAUUAGGUUUAGAUUAUGGUGAAAAAUUCACUAAAGCUGUAUUAUUAGCUCCUGGUAUACCGUUCGAAAUAGUUUUAACCGAUGAAGGGAAAAGAAAAGAUCUUUCUGGCCUUUCUAUUAGAUCAACUGGAUCAAGUCAUAAUCAAAAAUUAGAACGAGUUUAUGGUUCUCAAACUGGAUCUUUAUGUACGAGAUUUCCUCAAACUUGUUUAAUUGAUAUUAAAUCUUUAUUAGGGAAAUCAAUUGAUGAUCCUCUUGUUCAAGAAUAUAAUAAUUUACAUCCUGGUUUGAAAUUAGUCCCUGAUGAAUCAAGAUCAAACUCAAUUAAAUUCGAUUUAGGCUAUAAUAAUGAUUCUUAUAUUUUCACAGUAGAAGAAAUCUUAGCUAUGACUUUAAAUGAUAUUAGAACUAGAGCCAUUACUGAUUUAGAACAUAAUCCUACUGCUAUGCCUAUCGUUGAUGAUGUUACCAUUUCAAUUCCCGCUUUUUCAUCUCCAAGUACAAGACAAGCUUAUUUAGAUUCGUUAUAUUUAGCCGGAUUUUCGAAUGUUUUAGGAUUGAUCGAUGAUGGAUCUGCUAUUGCUGUUAAUUAUUUAUCAAAUCGUAAAUUCAGUAAAGAAGAUUAUACCAAUAUCAAAGAAUAUCAUUUAAUUUAUGAUAUGGGUGCCGGUUCAACUAGAGCUACUUUAUUUUCAUUCACUCCAUUUAAAAAUGGUUCAAUCAUAAUUGAAUUAGAAAGUAUGGGUUAUGAUGAAACUUUUGGUGGAAAACAAUUAACUUAUUCAAUUUAUAAUGUAUUAGUAGAGAAGUUCUUAACGUUAUUUAAAUUAACUCAUCAAGAUUUAACUCCUAAGAUCCAUGCUCGUAUAUUUGAAGCAUCUGAAAAAGCUAAGAUUAUCUUAUCUGCCAAUAAUGAUUAUUAUAUCGCUUUAGAAUCAAUUUAUGAUGAUAAAGAUUUCAAAACUACCAUUUCUCGUGAAGAAUUUGAAGAUAUUAAUGCGGAUUUAAUGGAUAGAAUCACAAAUCCAAUAUUAUCUGCCAUCCAAGAUAGUUCAAUUUCUCUUGAAAAUGUUAAUUCGAUAAUCUUACAUGGUGGAUCUACCAGAGUACCAUUUGUGCAAAAACAUUUAUCAACUUUAAUUGGGGAAGAUAAAAUUUCCAAAUCAAUUAAUGCUGAUGAAAGUUGUGCUUUAGGAACUACUUUAAGAGGAUUAAGAUUAAAAACUAGAUUCUCUAAAAAUAAUAAGGAAAUCCAAUUGAUUGAGAAGAAUUAUCAUAAUUAUGAAAUCAACAUUAAUGAUUCUGCCAAUGAAAUCGUGGUGUUUGAAAAGGGGUCUACUAUAGAUCACCCUCAAAGAGUUAAUUUAGGUAAAUUAGUUGAUGAUACUCUUAAUAUCGGCUUAUAUGAAGAUGAUAAAUUAUUUAAAUCUUAUGAUGUGACUGAUUUAUUGACUAAAGGUAAGAAAUUGAAAUGUAAAUCGAAACAAUCUAUUAAUGUGUUUGGUACAUUUAAUAUUAAUAAUAAUAAGAUUUUCGAUAUUACUAAGUUAGAAUUAGAAUGUGUUAAUAAUGUGGAAGAUGCUAAGACUACUACUUCUAAUGGUGGAUUCUUUAAGAAUUUAUUAAAUAAAAAGGAUACAACUACUACUGAAGUUGAAGAAGAAAUUGAAGAAGAAGAAGAGGAAGAAGUAGUUAUUCUUAACUUGGAUAACUCUACCAAUUCAACUAAUUCAACCACGAUCAAAAAAGCGCCAAGAAUCAUCAGACCAAUCAUUGUCAAUUUGCCUACUGCCAUUUAUCCUCAUGUCAAACCAUUAUCAAGACCAGCUAAGGAAAAACUCUUUGCCAAAUUAGCUUAUCUUAAUAAUCAAGAUGAAAUCGCCAUUCAAUUAGAUCAUGUCCGUAAUUUAUUAGAAGGUCAAUGUUACGAAUUAAGAAACUAUAUCGAAUCCCAUGAAGAAUCCCUCCUUGAAGAACUUUCCAGUGAUGAUAUUGAAGUUCAUAGAAGUACAGUGGGGGAUAUUAUUGAAUGGUUAGAAUAUGAUUCUGAUGAUGCUUCUGUCCAAGAUGUUAAAGAUAAGAUAUCUGAAAUCAAUCAUAUUAAACAUUCGUUGGAUUUAAUUCUUAAAAUCAGAACUACAGAUUUAUCCUUGACUGGAUUCAAGAGUUUACACGAACAAGGUUCUGAAAUCAUUAUGAAGAUUCAAUCAUUAAUGUUGGAUCUUGGUAGUGAAAUCAGUGAAAUCAGACAUAAGUUUGAUGAACUGGGAUUUGACUUUAAUAAAGAGAAUGAACGGAUUAAAAAUCAAUUAUUAUUAAAGGGUCAAUCUAAAAUGAUUACUUUUGAUAAGGAUUUGGAUACUUAUAAGGAUGAUGUUACUUCUUUAGGAGAAUUAGUGGAAUUAUCUGAACGUGAAUUUGAAAAAUUUAGUAAACGAGAAUUAUUUGAAUUAUAUGAGAAAUAUUCUAAUGCAGUUGAAUCGAUGACGAGUGAUGUGGAAGAGAUUGAACAAAGUCAUAAAUCAAGAAUGAAAUUGUUUACUGAUAAGUUUGAAGUCUUAGCUCAAAGAAAAGUUCAACAAGAAAUAAGGAAGAAAUUAAGAGAACAAGCUAAAGAACUGAAAGAACCUAAAGUGAAGGAAGCCAAGGUUAAACAAGAGGAAGAAGAAGAAGAAGAAGAGCCAGUAGUGGAAUUUGAAGAAGAUGACGAUGAUGAAGAAGAUGAACAAGAACAAGAACAACAACAAAUUGUUGAAAAUGAUUUUGAAGAGGAUUAUGAAGAUUCUGAAACAAAGGAGGAAUCGUCUGCCCCUAUUGAUGAAGAUUUAGACCAUGAUGAAUUAUGAUCACUAAAUUAAUCAUCAUCAUAAUGUAACUGUAACCGAUUAAUACAAUAUACACACACACACACACACAUACACAUCCCUAUAUAUUUUUUAAAUAAAUAUACAAAUAGAAUAAUA